AUGCCAGUUCCACAACCAGCCUCUGACUCUGAGAACCCCACCAUGCUGAGCCCAGUUCUAAAUGCCUCUAAUGGAGACGGCUCCGAGGCGGAGACAACGUCAGCCAUACUGGCCUCUGUCAAGGAACAGGAGCUGCAAUUUGAGCGACUGACUCGAGAACUGGAAGCCGAGCGGCAGAUUGUCGCCACCCAACUGGAGCGAUGCAAGCUAGGAUCUGAGACAGGCAGCAUGAGUAGCAUCAGUUCAGCAGAUGAGAAGUUUCGCUGGAAUAACCAAGACGGACAGAAGGACAUAGAGGAGGAACUGACGACUGGCUUGGAGCUGGUGGACUCCUGCAUUAGGUCACUCCAGGAAUCUGGGAUCCUUGACUCCCAGGAAUUCUCCACAGGUGACAGACAAGGCCUGCUAUCCCAGAGUGCACUUAAGCUCAACAAUCAGGAUGGAACACUCCCUUACCCAGCCGGUUACCACAGCAACCAGACACUAGAGGCCCCACCCCGCGGGGGCCAGGUGGGAGGAGCAAUCCACAGUUACAACCAGGUGACAUCUAGCCGUGCAGCCCAGCUGGCUGCCAGUGUAGACUCCUCCCAGUCCCAGUGCAGAGAUAGAGAGUCGUUUGCCCAGAGCCAUGGCAGCGCCUUCCACAUGCCUGACGCCCCACCCACUCCUUCCAUGUACUACUCUUGCUCCACCCUGCCUGCCCAACGCGUGAGCUCCCCCCACUCCAUACAGGCCGUGGGCUCGCCCACCAAGCUCCAGCGCCUUGGCUCAGCCUCCGACAUGCCCAGCUACGCCACCCUGCAGCGGGUCUCCUCGCCCAAGCAGUCCCCCAGCCGGCUGGCAAAGUCCUACAGCACCAGCUCCCCCAUAAACAUGGUGGUGGGGUCUGCCGGGCUGUCCUCCACGUCUCCACUGCACAUGGCCUCUUCAGGCAAUGCCUCGGGUUCGUCCCCUCUCCAUCAGUUCAGCUCCACUGUGGGUAACUACGCCACCCUGUCCCCCAGCAAGCGCAUGCAGCACUCCUCCGACCAGUACAAGAUCUCCCACGAGCUCUACGCCAACGCCACCCUCGGGAGGCCUGGCAGCUUGGCAGGGUCCAGAGGCUCCUACAGCAGCCAACACAGUCACCUGGGCUCAGAGCUGCGACCUCUCCAGUCUCCUGAGCACCACAUUGACCCCAUCUACGAGGACAGGGUCUACCAGAAGCCCUCUCUCAGGAAUCAGAACCAGGGUGAGUCAGCUGACCCAGUAAACCAGUUUUGUGAAGAGGUCCUGAACUUUCUGCUCUGUCCCUACUUCCCUCCUGCCGUAGCCCCAUCUUCCCCUGGUGUUGACUCCAUCCCCUUGCAGCGUACAGGCAGCCAGAACGCCUCAGGCACUUUGCCCUACCAGAGAAGCAGCUUUGCCACUGGCUCGGACUACGCCAACCCGUACCGCACCCUCCAGUUCUGCCCGACCACCGAGUCUCCCUACAGCAAGUCUGGCCCUGUGCUGCCCCCGGAGGCCGCACUGGCCCGCUCACCUUCUGUUGACAGCAUCCAGAAGGAUCCCAGGUACGACCCUGAAUUCCUUGUCUGGAAUCAAAAUCAAGCCGAGCAAAGAAUGACAAAGGAGUUUGGCUGGAGAGACCCAGAGCUGCCUGAGGUGAUCCAGAUGCUGCAGCACCAGUUCCCCUCGGUCCAGUCCAACGCUGCAGCCUACCUCCAACACCUGUGCUUCGGAGACAACAAGAUCAAGUCUGAGAUCCGGAGGCAAGGAGGGAUCCAGCUGCUGGUGGAUCUGCUAGAUCACAGGAUGACCGACGUGCACCGCAGCGCCUGUGGAGCUCUGAGGAACCUGGUGUACGGCAAGGCCAACGAUGACAACAAGAUCGCCCUGAAGAACUGUGGGGGGAUCCCAGCCCUGGUCCGCCUGCUGAGGAAGACCACAGACAUGGAGAUUAGGGAGCUGCUCACAGGUGUGCUGUGGAACCUGUCGUCGUGUGAUGCCCUGAAGAUGCCCAUUAUCCAGGAUGCCCUGGCCGUGCUGACCAACGCUGUCAUCAUCCCCCACUCGGGCUGGGACACCUCGCCCCAUCAGGAAGACCGCAAGCUGCACUUGCACUCCUCCCAGGUGCUCCGCAACGCCACCGGCUGCCUCAGGAAUGUGAGCUCUGCAGGGGAGGAGGCUCGCAGGAGGAUGAGGGAGUGCGAGGGCCUUACCGACGCUCUGCUCUACGUGAUCCAGACCGCCUUGGGCAGCAGCGAGAUCGAUAGCAAGACCAUUGAAAACUGUGUGUGCAUUUUGAGGAACCUCUCAUAUCGACUAGCUGCAGAGACAUCUCAGGGACAGCAGAUAGGCACGGAUGAGCUUGAUGGAUUGCUUUGUGGCGAUGCCAACGGCAAGGAUGCCGAGAGCUCAGGUUGCUGGGGGAAGAAGAAGAAGAAAAAGAAGGCCCAUGAUCAGUGGGAUGGUGUGGGGCCCUACCCGGACUCUGCUGACCCGCCCAAAGGCAUUCAGAUGCUGUGGCACCCCACCAUUGUCAAACCCUACCUCACUCUCCUGUCUGAGUGCUCCAACCCAGACACCCUGGAGGGGGCGGCCGGGGCCCUGCAGAACCUGGCUGCAGGCAGCUGGAAGGUACAGCACAGUACAUGGUCUGUGUAUAUCCGUGCGGCAGUGAGGAAAGAGAAGGGUCUGCCCAUCCUGGUGGAGCUGCUGAGGAUUGACAACGACAGGGUGGUGUGUGCCGUGGCCACAGCUUUAAGAAACAUGGCCUUAGACGUCAGAAACAAAGACCUCAUCGGCAAGUACGCAAUGAGAGACUUGGUCCACCGUUUGCCCGGGGGCAACAACAACAACAGCAGUGGUGGGACUGCUGCCGGUGCUAUUGGGAAGACCAUGUCAGACGACACCAUCACGGCUAUCUGCUGUGCCCUGCACGAGGUCAUCACUAAGAAUAUGGAGAACACCAAGGCUCUGCGUGAUGCUGGAGGCAUCGAGAAACUCAUCGGUAUCGCCAGGAGCAAAGGAGAGAAACACACACCCAAAGUGGUGAAAGCAGCCUCUCAAGUCCUCAACAGUAUGUGGCAGUACAGAGACCUUCGCAGUCUCUACAAAAAGGAUGGAUAUUCUCAGUAUCAUUUUGUUGGCUCAUCCUCUACAAUAGAAAGAGAUAGACAAAGACCAUACUCUUCCUCCCGCACCCCAUCCAUCUCGCCUGUACGGACAUCUCCCAAUAAUCGCUCAGCAAGUGCCCCUGCCUCUCCCCGAGAGAUGAUCAGCCUUAAGGAGAGGAAGACAGACUACGAGUCAACGGGCACCAAUGCCAGUUACCAUGGCAACAAGGGUGAGCACACUUCGAGGAAAGACACCAUGGCAGUUGAAAUCUCAAGUGGAACCUCAACAUUGUUCCGAGGAGCCUACGUCUCUCCCAGUGAUGACAUCAAACACAACCAGGUCUCUGCUCAGGGGCCCAACCCAGGCCAGGAGCCCUACCCUCCGUUCCAGAACCCUCCUGGCGUACAGUUUGAGGAGGCGUUCUACGAGGACCAGGUGCACCAGCGCCCUCCUCAGGCCACAGACUUGAACAUGCACCUGGGCCUCAAGUCCACGGGCAACUAUGUGGACUUCUACUCAGCAUCCCGCCCCUACAGUGAACUCAACUAUGAGACCAGUCACUACCCAGCCUCCCCGGACUCCUGGGUCUAG